AUGUCAUCCGUCCGCCGUCCGUCCGUCACAAACCUUAUGACACAUAACUCCACAACCAUCCACACAGCAUUGAAGAAAGAUGGAGCAUUCAUUGGAGCUAUAUUUGGAGGGGAUACUCUCUUUGAGCUGAGGUGUUCAUUGCAGCUGGCUGAACUAGAGAGAGAAGGGGGGUUUGCACCUCAUAUAUCACCUUUUGCUGAUAUGCAAGACAUCGGAAAUCUUCUUUCAAGAUCAGGAUAUAAUAUGCUAACCGUUGACAAAGAAGAGUUGCAGGUGAAUUACCCAUCCAUGUAUGAACUUAUGCAUGAUCUUAAAGGCAUGGCGGAGAACAAUGCAUCAUGGUCAAGGAAAAACUACCUUCAAAGGGAUACUAUGGCUGCUGCAGCUGCAAUAUACAAAGACAUGUAUGGGAAUGAAGAUGGUACAAUCCCAGCCACUUUUCAAAUUCUCUUUAUGAUUGGUUGGAAGCCUGACCAAUCACAGGCAAAACCAGCUGCUCGAGGUUCAGCAACAGCUUCACUUAAAGAUCUGGACAAACUCAAGAUGGAUGUACCCCCUAAGGAAUAA